GUUUCAUCAGUCAUACCAACAGAAGCACUCAUGAAUAGCAGUCAUAGUCACAGCACUAGUCAUACCAAUAGCACAAGAGUCACUGUGCUGCGAUGGGUGUCGCUCCUUGCGGGGUUUGCCAUCAUGGUGAUGAGUGGGACGCUCUACGGCAUCUCUGCGUACUCGCCCGAGAUCAAGUCGCGCCUCAACUACACCGAGCCAGACAUCAAUCUGAUCACAUCCAUCGCCGAUGUCGGCCUAUACGUUUCCAUUCCUGCAGGUCUUGUUUAUGACCGGUUUGGAUUUCGAGUCGCGGCGAGCAUUGGAGCGGUGAUGAUUGGGCUUGGAUACCUGCUCAUGUACAUUGCCGUUUGGCAAGACUUGGCACCGAGCAAGGCGCCGCUGAUGGGCGCUAUUCUGGCCCUCGUUGGGCAAGGAGGCAUCUUUGGAGUGAUUGCUGCGAUGGCUGCAAACGAGCGCAACUACCGGCCUCGAGACAAGGGCAAAGUGGCAGGCUUUUUGUUUGCCGGCUUUGGUUCUUCUGCAGCCAUCUUCAGCGCAGUGUACAAGCUGGCAUACCAAAACUCGGCAGAUCUCGAAGGCUACUUUAUCCUGCUUGCCUGCACAACAGCGGCCAUCUGCCUCGUUUGUGGUCUGUUUCUCCUUCGACACCUCCCUCAAGACGAAAUGUUGUACCCUUCCGAUACGGAAAAGGACGGCAGCAAGGCGGCAUUGCUUGGAGACGAACGCCCCGUUCCAGGCUACUCGAACAACAAAUCGGUCAAUCCCUCAAGCAUCCUGCUGGCGAGCGCAACACAUGCUGAUCUGCUCAAGCGACCCGACCUCACGCCGCUGGAAGUGCUACGAACCAAGCUGUUUGUGCUGAUCUUCUCGGUGAUUAUGAUUUCUGUGGGCGCCGCGCUGCUCUUCAUCAACAAUCUCGGCUCCAUCUACGAGGCGUACGGUGGGCAGCAUGGCGAGUCCGGCAAUCUCGUCAUUGUCUUUUCAGUCCUCAACGUCGUGAGCCGCGUCAUUUUUGGGUACCUCUCCGACCACUUUUCGCGGCAUCUCUCUCGUGCCUCAUUCCUCACGAUGGCCGUCGUGAUUGUAACGGGUGCUCAGCUGCUGCUUGCAUGGAGCACGGUGGAUUUGCUCUAUCUGGCCGCUGUUUUGGUCGGACUGGCGGAUGGCGGUAUCUUUUCGCAGUACGCAGUGCUUGUCCGCGAAAGUUUCGGCGCCAAACACUAUGGCACCAACUUUGGCCUCGCCACAAUGGCAGCUGGAGUGGGCGUCUUUCUCUUUGGCCCAAUGUCCGCUGCCUUGUACGAUGAUAAAAUCGUCGGCGACGGGAACAAUUGCUACGGCGAAAGCUGCUAUCAGACCUCGUUUUUUAUUUCCGCUGGCUGCUGUGCAUUUUCGUUGUUGUUGUGCGUGCAAAUGAUUCGCGAAACUCGAAAGAUCCAUCUGGAGCGUUGGAUUUGAAAAAACAACAAAAAGGUUGUGCUCAUCAAGUUCAUGUACAGUAGAAAUACAAAGUUUA